AUGGAGAUUGGGAGCCUCCGAGCAGUGGAGGACUCAUUUUCUGUCUGUGACUCCACUGGAGUUGGGGCUGGCAGCGGCGAUGGUCCGUCUGGUAUGGUUGGAACCACCGACGGCGCAGGUGGUGCCGACGACUUAGGCGGUGAAGCUGGAAAAGGUGUUGGCGGCACAGCUGGAGAGGGUGAUGGCGGUGAUUUUGGUGCCGAAGGCGGCGAUGGAGUUGGUUUCGAUGGUGAUGGCGGUGGUGGUGGUGUCGGAGCUGACUUGGGUGGCGAGGGUGGUGCGGGCGUUGGCUUUGGAGAUGGAGCUGAAUUCAAAUAUAAAAAAUACAACAAAAUUAAGCAGGAGUUAUUCAGAGAAUAUUGCGAGUAA